AUGGUUGAUACCGGCAGCGAUCUUAUAUGGACGCAAUGCGAAGGUGCUGUUUCUUAUUUUCAUCAAGAAGAAUCCUUAUAUCCCGCUGCAGAUUCAAGUACAUACGAACCGCUUCUUUGUAACGACCGCCACCCUUUGUGCGACACAAGUAAAUGUGUUGAAGGCAUAUGUGCUUAUGAAGAAGCAUACUUAAGCAGAUCAGUUACAUCAGGUGUUUUGGCAAAAGAACAAUUUACGUUGUAUUCAGAUAACGAUGGCCUUGAAUCUUUUGAUAUUAUCAUGGGUUGUGGGACUAAACAAGAGAAUUUCGGACCGUUUAUUGGUGAUGGUUUUAGAAGCCAGAAACCUGAUGUUAUUACAGGAUUACUCGGUAUGGGUGGUGGAGCCAGAUCUUUUAUCAAUCAAUUAGGUCCUGCCGGAGAAGCUAAAUUUGAGUACUGCCUGAAGCCAUAUACUGAUGGUGUGGCUUCAAGAACUUACUUAAGGUUCGGUUCAGACGUGAGAAUUAGAGGCGGUAGAUUAGGUCAACAACGAGUAUAUUCAACCCCCCUAUUUUUUCAACGUCAUAACCCAGAUGCAUAUUACUUGCAUCUAGAAGGUAUCAGUAUAUGUCCUGAAAGACUCCCAUUUCGAAGAAGUGAUUUAGAGUUUCACAAAGAUACGUAUAGAGGCGGUUGUAUCAUAGAUUCAGGGGCUCCGGCGACCUUAAUGCAUGGACCUCUGUUUGAUAAAGUUGCAGAAAGUGUAGAGGUAUAUUUUCAAGAUCUGAAUAUUCUUCGGGUUGAAGCACCUCGCGGUUAUUUUGAUCUUUGUUUUUCUCCAAAACCCAAGGAUGACAAAGAUUAUCCAGCGAUGACAUUUCACUUUCAAAAUGCCGACUUUAUAAUGGACAAACCGGACACUGUUUUUUCAAUCGGCGGUAAUGAUUUUUGUUUAGGUAUUUCUCGGUUGGAUGGUGAUUAUGAUGUCAUGUUUGGAGCAAUGCAACAAGCUCGCAAAAGGAUUUUACAUGAUGUUACGCGAGGGACACUCAGAUUUGCUACAGACGAUUGCCAAUUGAAUUCAUAA